GAUGCCUUCUGAUCUGAAGAAUCUCCAGCCGCUCUGAUGAUAGCUUAAGAAGACUGCAUGCUGUUCCCUCUCAAUGCCAAGCCAGGCCCACUCGGAACCUCUGAUCUCAGUCGGUCAUGGAGACCAGGUCCCAGCAGGAAUGGCAGUGGAGGAAAUUGACACCCAGAUGGCUCCUCCACGUGAAAUGGUCUCAGGCUGUGGGCCGACGAGAGAACACCUGGUAACCAGGCUCGCCCUCUGUCAGUCACCCAGGGCAGGGCAGCAUGGUGCGGAUUCAGAGGAGGAAGCUUUUGGCAUCUUGCCUGUGCAUCACAGCUACCAUCUUUCUGCUUGUCACACUCCAGGUAGUAGUUGAGCUGGGAAAAUUUGAAAGGAAGAAGUUUAAAAGUUCCAAUUUGCGAGAUGGGCAUGCAAAAAUGGAGGAAGAGCCUACACAUCUCUACCCUUCCCCUAAGAAAGACAGUCUCAUCCUGAAUAGGAAAAAAACGUUGGAAACGGAUAGCUACCCCAUCAUGCUCUGGUGGUCCCCACUGACUGGGGAAACCGGCAGGGUGGGCCAGUGCGGAGAAGAGGCUUGUUUCUUCACCAUCAACCGGACCUAUCUACAUCAUCCCAUGACCAGAGCAUUCCUCUUCUAUGGUACUGAUUUUAACAUAGAUAGCUUACCUCUGCCCCGGAAAGCCCAUCAUGACUGGGCCCUUUUUCAUGAAGAGUCUCCAAAAAACAAUUACAAGCUCUUUCAUAAGCCAGUCAUCACUUUGUUCAACUACACUGCCACAUUCAGUCGGCAUUCCCACCUGCCACUCACCACCCAGUACCUGGAGGGCAUAGGAGUCCUGAAGUCACACCGAUACCUGGUCCCUUUGCAGUCUAAAAACAACCUUCGGAAAAGACUCGCUCCGCUGGUGUAUGUGCAGUCCGACUGUGACCCGCCAUCGGAUAGGGACAGCUAUGUUCGAGAGCUGAUGACUUACAUUGAGGUCGAUUCCUAUGGCGAGUGUUUACACAACAAAGAUCUCCCUCCGCAGCUGAAAAAUCCAGCCUCCAUGGAUGCCGAUGGCUUCUAUAGGAUCAUCGCACAGUACAAGUUCAUCCUUGCUUUUGAGAAUGCAAUUUGUGAUGACUACAUCACUGAGAAGUUCUGGAGACCUCUGAAACUGGGGGUAGUCCCUGUGUAUUAUGGAUCCCCCAGCGUCACCGACUGGCUUCCAAGUAAUAGAAGUGCUAUUCUCGUAUCGGAAUUUUCUCACCCUAGAGAACUGGCAGCUUACAUCCGACAGCUGGACUCUGAUGACAGACUGUACGAGGCCUAUAUGGAAUGGAAGCUGAAGGGUGAGAUCUCCAACCAGCGACUCCUCACAGCUCUCAGGGAACGGACAUGGGGAGUGCAAGACAUCAAUCAAGACAACUACAUUGAUGCAUUUGAAUGCAUGGUGUGCAGCAAGGUGUGGGAUAAUAUUAGGCUUCAGGAAAAGGGCUUACCACCCAAAAGAUGGAAGGCAGAUGUUACGCACCUGAGUUGCCCGGAGCCCACAUUGUUUGCAUUCUCACCUGUGGCUCCGCGUCGGAGGUAUUCUCGAGAGAUGUGGAUCCCCAGCUUCCAACAGUCCAAGAAAGAAGCCCAGGCACUGAGGUGGCUGGUCGAUAGGAAUCAAAACUUUUCGGCUCAAGAGUUUUGGGGCCUAGUAUUCAAGGACUAAUUUCAACAAGUAUCAGGAUGAUAUAGACUACAGAGUUCCAGAGGUUUACUUUCUAGGUUGCCUUAAUAUUUGAAUAUCAUAGCCACUCUGUGGACUACCCUUUAGGAUGAGAAUUGCCGCAGUACUCACAACGAGCCCGAUGAAAUAAUAGAUAUGAACUACCCUCUGGGUCACCUCUAUAUUUUUUAUACUCAAAAGGUAAAUAC